AUGAGCCACGUUCAGUGCACUAACCAGGUGUUAGCAAAAACAAUUGAGUCGCUUCUCAACGGCCCCAAGUUUGCCGUUGUGUACUGUGGCAACCUGCAGUACAAAGUGUCUGUGGGCGACGUUAUCGCGGUGCAGCGGCUCCGUGCGGAGAUUGGGAGUUGCAUUGCGCUCAAGAAGGUGCUGAUGGUCGGUGGCCCCCGCUUCACGGCGAUUGGCCGUCCGCUACUGACAGGCGUGCGCGUGACGGCGGAUGUGGAGGAGCAGAAGCGGAUGCGCAACAUUGUGUCGCUUUUUGCUACGCCUGGCCGUCGGCGUGUGCGGUGGGUGGAUGCGCCACAUGCCGCUACAAUUCUUCGCAUACGUGAAAUUCAGUACGCACCGCAGGUGGCAGGGGAACUGGAUAAAUACAACGGCAUGCUGUUGAAUGACUUUGCGCCGGAGAAGCACACAAAUCCUGUGUACACAGCAGAUGAUGGCUUUGACGUAUUUAGAAAGCGGGAUAAGGAAGCGGUGGAGAACGCCAGUGCCUUCCUGGACCUCAUGCGGUAA